AGAAAAUGGAGGCACGUACUGACACAAUCGUAAAUUAAGUCAAGCAAUGGCUGAUCACACAGGUCACACUACAGACAGAAAUGAUGAAGUCCGUGACAGAAUACAGAGUAACACCUUGUCAAUAGCUCCAGUGGACAGAGAGACCCUCAGACAUCUGUAUAAUGAACAAAGAGAGGACAGUUUUGUUCAUCCUGAGCCAGUGUUUCCAGAGGAAGAACUACCUUCAUAUGAGGAGGCCGUGUCUCGGGGAUAUAAAGGACUUAAGGACUCAACGGAGGAUGCCAGCCCCACCCACGCUGGGGAGGGAAAUACAUCAGGACCCAGAGAAACUGUGUUUCUGGGGAGAGACAAAAGUAAAUUAACCAGGAAAAAGAGUAAAAAAAAAAGAUCAAAAAGCAGAGAUGGUGAAGAUAGUGAGAUUAAGAUGGAUCCCAUGGACAACGUAGAAAUGGUUCCACUGAGGAUUGAGGUAAAGGGGGAUAACUCCAACCACACAUGGACUGAAGCCGUGAAUGGAGAAACAGAAAUUGGAACCACAGAGGGUGAAGAUUCCUCCAAAAAGUCUAAGAAAAAGAAAAAAAAGAAAAGGUUCCUGGAAAGAGAAGCCAGUGAAAGAGACAUAACAGAAAUGUCUCUCGCUGUACAGAAUCAGGCAGAGGGCAUCCCUGAUGUAGAGCUACAAGACUCUCCUGAUCAGUCACAAAGAGAGGAAAAGACUGUCGAGGACGGCCCACUGAUGCUAGUGUCAACAAAUGGAGAGUACUCUGUCAUAGAUGAGCAGGCAAAGAAAAAGUCAAAAAAGAAAAAGAAACGCCGUGACACCAGUCCUGAUGAGAUGGCAGGGGUAGAGAUGGCAGGGGGAGAGAAGGCAGGGGGAGAGACAUUGGACGGAGAGAAAGAAUCAUCUUGGAAGAAAGCCAAGAAAAAAAAGAAAAAGAAGAUCAGGGAGAGAGAAGUUAUAGAGGCAAUGACAGGUAAGGAGCUCCCUGAACAGGAGAAUCUCCCCCCUCAGAUCCCUACAGCAGCCUAUGUAGAAACAAAGACCCCCUGUACCUCCGAAACAAACGAGACUCGUGCCCUCCCUCCCCUUCUGUUAAAGCGCAUGUCCUCCCUCAAUAAAGUCCAUGCAGAAGAUUCAGGGCCUGUCGACAGCAUCCCAGACCAUCUGCGGGAGGACACAACACUGGUGGGGAGAUCCCUCCCACCUAUCUCCUCCGUGAUGGACAAAGAAGAUGGAGAGAAGCCAGAGACUGAAGAGGGUCCAGGGGAGAAAGAACCAGAGGAUAAAAAUGCUAAGUUAAAGGGGCCGUUACUGGAUAAAAUGAAGGACCUCAGGAGUACACACCUCAAGAGACUGGAGGAGGGAAAUUUACUCACUGAAGACAGGAGUGAAGCUGAUGAUUUUGAAUGUAAACGCAUGUGUUGCCUGAACUCCUGUUGUACAGUGGUUGGUAGGUUUCUGAUUCGAUUCUGGAGGUUCCUUUUUAGAAACAGGGACUGGACCUCAAGAGAAAGUAAAUGUAUUAUUGCCAUUACAAUAUCAGUUGUGGCGGCCAUUGUAUUCCUGGGUCUGUUCCCUAGCAGUUUUGUAUAUCUGGAUUAUCACGAGUAUGCUCUAAAGUACAACAAAGUGACUGGUGUAGUCGAUAGGUCGACGGCUUACGAUUUUGGUUGUUAUAUCCUUGGCCCUAGUACAGCAUUCCUGACAUUUUCCCGCAGUGCUCACAUUAUCACCAAGUCACACGAAGUAUUCACUGUGGAUAAAUUGAGCAUCAAAAUUACUUACCAUCUGCAGUACUUCCUCAGAAGAUCCGAGAUAGGGACAUUACACAGAGAGUUUGGUAUGGGAUAUGAUUCUGUUAUCCGCUCCAUCACAGAAAGCAGAGUAAAGAACUCGGCCACCAGUAUCAGUGUGGACUACUUCAGAUUUCAGAGAGCUUAUCUAGAAACAUAUUUCCACAACAAACUCAAGAAAAGACUGGAGGGUGACUGUUGUCCGAGCUGUUGUCCCACUAGUUGUACUAACAACACUGUUUGUUCUACCUGUCUGGGCCCCACCACAUGUAACCAAGGAUACCACAUCUACGUAGUGUACUUUCAACUCACAAAGGUAGACAUACCACAGGAGGUACUGGAGCGGUUCCUCACAAGUGUUAUACUUCAGGAGCAAGUGUUUACAGAGCAGUUGAAGCAAGACAAAGCUGUUGAAGACAAAAUUACAGAACGUCAAACUAGUCAAGCACGCAAUCAAGCCAAUGAGAUUAAAGAGUCUGGUAAUGCAGAGUCUGAGAAAAUUCGUGUGAUAUCUGAGGCGGAUCGCGAGGCGAAUCUGACCACAGCUUAUGUCGGAGCUCUGUCCUCUAUGUAUACCACUCUGAACAUCACACAGGAGGACCACAAACUAUCCAUCCUGAUGAUGCGUGUCCUCAAGGAGGCUGCUGUCAAGGGUAAAUUGUACCGUUCCUAUGGCUACGACAACGAGACUAUCUACAAUCGUCCUCUAGCUCUCCCCGCAGGAUAAAUCUAUACAUAUAUGUAAGCAUUGGUCAGUUUUUCUGACCAGUAAAUUUGCA